CUACAACAACAAAACAACAAAAAGAAGAAACAAAAACAACUUUACCUCCAACACUACACACUCCUUUAAUUCAACAACAAAUGAUUCCUGGGCCUAAAGGAGAACGAGGAGAACCUGGAAUACCUGGAACUUGUGCCGCCACAGAAUGUAGAAUUCCACCACCUGGCCCUCCUGGAUUGCAAGGCCCUCCAGGCGUAUUCCCAGGUCUUACUGAACAUGAUUUACGUCGAAUAGCUGCUUGGCCUGGUGUGAAGGGUGAAAAGGGGGAUAGAGGAGAAUGUUGUGAUAAAACUACAUCUAAGCAAACCUACAGAGAAGGGUAUCAAGAUGGAGGAGAGGAAGAAGUUGUUUUACUCAAUGGACAAAAUAGUGAUCAAUUACCCGCUUACAAUCGAAAAGUACAUGGAAGUAGUAAUUCAAUAAAAGGGGAAAAGGGAGAUAGAGGAGAACAAGGACCUCCAGGAUUGCCUGGAAAAUUAAUUGAAAAACCUCAAUCUCCUUCAUUUUCUGGUGUUAGAAUAUUCCAAACGGCAUUAGAAUUAUUAGCUGCUACACCUAAUUGCCCUAUUGGAUUUUUGGCUUUUGCCCUCUCUACUCAACAAUUAUUUAUUAGAGUAAAUUCUGGUUGGAAACAAAUUAUUGUGAGUCUUGGAGGAAAUCUUCUUACCGCCCAAUCUGGAACAAAAGAAAGGAAUGUUGAUGAUUAUGUUUCUUCUCCUUCAAUUUCGAAUAAUAAUGCUGCUGAUUCUGAUGAAUUAAAUAGACUUUCUUAUUGGUUGGCUUUGGAUGAACCUAGCAGUGAGGAAUUUAGAAAUGAUAAUGAAAUGAUAAACACUUUACCUUCCCCUGAACAACGCUGGCAACCUCGAUUCCCACCUAAAGAAAAUCGUCGAUUUGAAGAAGAAAAAGAGGCGGAAAAGCAAAAGAAUCGAGUACCUAGUGUUCAACAGAAAAGGCAUAAAGAUAGAAUUAUUCACUUGAUUGCUUUAAAUGAACCUUUAAAUGGAAAUUUUGGUGGUGUACGUGGUGCUGAUUUAGAAUGUUAUAAACAGGCUAGACAAUUUGGAUUUACAACAACAUUUCGAGCUUUUCUUUCAUCUAGAGUUCAAGAUUUGAAUAAAGUAGUACAUGAAGAUGACAGAAAUUAUACCCCAAUUGUAAAUAUUCGUGGUGAACGCCUUUUUGAUUCUUGGAAUAGCGUUUUUGAUGGAGAAAGGAGUGUACAUGCACACGUUCCCAUUUAUUCUUUUAAUAGAAGGGACGUUAUUUCUGACAAUAAUUGGCCCGACCGCUGGCUUUGGCACGGUUCUACAGCAGAAGGUUCCCGUACUUCAACAGCUUUUUGUGAUGGAUGGUAUUCUAAUAAUUCAAAUUCUUUUGGAAAUGCUUCCCCCCUACAUUCCCGUCAUUCACUUACUGGACAAUCUAAAGAGGCUAAUUGCAAUAAGUUUUAA